AUGUCUAUUGCAGUAAGCAAAGAUAGAACAAAUGAAGAUGAAAUAAGUAGUGAUGAUGAAUCAGAGUUCGUAUUAGAUUAUAAAUUGUAUAUAAAAACAUCAGAUGGUGUUUUAUUACCUGCCAAGUGGUUGAAAGAAUCUGUAUCUAUCAUUAACGAACUUCUUUUAUCUAUUCACAAUAAAAUUUAUUUGAUAACAAAAGAUACUAUAAUUAUGCCAAAUGAUUAUUGUGUGAUAUUUAAAAAACAGAGGGAAGCAGUAGCUGGUACUCAACUAGCCGAUGUACAAGAUUUUAUCAAAUUUAAAUCUGAAUGUACAAAGUUAGCUGCAAAAAACAAUAGCAAUUUAUGUUAUAAUUCAAAUGAAGAUGAUAAUGCUAGUAGACCACCUGAUUACAAAAACAAUAAUCGGAUUCCAAGUAUUUCAUCUUUAUCUUCAUACAAUAAAGAGAUUGCAGAAAAUAUAUUACAAAUUAGAGAAGCACAUCAUUGUAAUAUACAUAAUCGGCCUUGUUUAAACAAGGAGAAACAUAGUGACUUACAUGUUGAAAUAAAUUUUAUGAUGCUUUCUGUAUGGGCAUCAGAUAUGUCUAAUUCAAAUAUCACUUCUACUUUGUUUACAAUGUCAGAAUUUCUUAAGGAAUUAGAUGAAAAGGAAGAAACCGGACAUUACUACCAAAAUUUUUUAGAAGAAUUUGAAACACAACAAAUCUUAGUAAGAUAUUUAAGAAGAUUGACAGAUGAGCAAUUUGAUAAAUGUGAAGUAAAGACUAUUAGUGCACAGCAAACAUUGCGAGAAUAUGCAGAAAAAUUACAGUAA